CUUCUUUCCUCAGUUUCUAAAAGACGUCCAGGAUGUUCUUCCUGUGUCUGUCUCUGCUCUCUGCUGCUGCUUUUCUACAAAGCAGUGUCUCAGCAGAUGAAGUAGUGUCACUGAACUGCAGUGAAGCAGUGGAAGUUGCAGCUGGAGGAACUGUGACACUGACCUGCUCUAUACAUUAUCAGGAUGUGGAAGGCUGUAAAGUUCUACAUUCUGCCUGGCAUAACACAAGCAGCAUUAUACCAUGUGGCAGUGGUUCAGGAGAAUACAUCUGUGAUUCAGACCAUCAGACUUAUGUGUCUCUGAUCAUCUCUAAUGUCAUGAAGGAGGAAAAUUACACAGCUGCAGUGAUAACAGACUGUGGUAUGGCUUUAUCAUUUCCUAUCAACGUACAAGUUACAAGUUACUCCAACUCCACAAGUUACUCCAACUCCAGCAGCCGUGUUGGUGGUUCCGUCACACCAGGACCUGAACCUGAGAAGGUCACCAACGUUGCCGCCAUAUCGGGCAUUUGUGUCGCCGUCAUUGUUGCUGCCAUUUUGUUUUUCCUGUUUGGAACUGAGAGAGGCAGAAAAAUCUUCAAACCAUCACGAGGAAAACAAAUCACACAGGUUACAGUGAUCCAGAGUCUGAGUCGAACAGUCUCCAUCAGUCUGUUUAAUGUAUAUAUAAACAUGUGGGGGCUGUUCCACAGCUGGCUGUGUAGCUUCCUGCCUCUCAAACUGUGAAGAAAUAUAUUAUUGUGUUUAUUUUUUUUAUCUUUUUUUUUCUUCCAGUCACAUUUUCAGAUUUCUGUAAAUAAAUGUAAAUAUAAUAAGUCAAUUUCAUUAAAGGGACAUUUUAAUUUUAAA